AUGUCGGAUUCGUCAGAGACUAUACAACCCGCAAAGAAAGAGCAGAGAGGAUGGCGUUUCUGGGCAAUAUACAUCUCGUUGUGUGUGUCUAUUCUGCUGGCUGCUGUUGAAUCGACCGUCAUAUCGACGGCAUUGCCAUCUAUAUCUGACGAAUUAAAUGCGGGCGAGAAUUAUGUCUGGAUUGUCAACUCGUUUUUCCUCACAAGUGCUUGCUUUCAGCCUUUAUUCGGACAGGUUGCGAAUCUCUUCGGUCGACGAUGGCUGAUGAUCGGUGCUGUGGCUUUCUUCGUUCUUGGUAGCGGUAUCAGCGGCGGUGCCAUCAGCUCUACCAUAAUGAUUGCCGGGCGCACAAUUCAGGGGAUCGGGGGAGGUGGUAUCAAUGUGAUGAUAGAUAUGAUUGUCAGUGAUAUGCUUCCAUUGCGUGAGCGUGGAAACUUCAUGGGCAUGAUCUUUGCCGUAUUCUCCAUCGGUACCUCUCUCGGUCCGUUUAUUGGUGGUGCCAUAGUACAGCAUAGUUCUUGGAGAUGGGUGUUUUAUCUGAAUCUCCCAAUCGGUGGAACUGCUCUCGUCUGUUUGUUCUUCUUCCUCCAUGUCAACUACCAGAGAGAGCCCUGGCAACAGAAGAUCAAAAAGAUCGAUUAUAUCGGCAAUGCAUUACUUAUGACAUCCAUUGUCUCGAUUCUGUUGGCACUCACCUGGGGUGGCACCAAAUUUCCUUGGUCCAAUUGGCGAAUAAUCGUUUGUUUAGUCCUUGGAUUCUUCGGCAUGGUUGUAUUUCAUCUUUACGAAGCUAGUCCAUGGUGUUCAGAGCCAAUGAUGCCUCCUCAUAUCUUCGGCAACCGGACCUCCUUCGCGGCUCUGAUUCUGUCCUUCAUCCACAACAUGCUCACGUUCUGGGUGGUCUACUUCAUACCAGUGUACUUCCAAUCAGUCAAGUUGUCCAGUUCGACCCGUGCCGGUGUACAGUUUCUGCCUAGCGUAAUCCUUGCCGUGCCAACCGCUAUGGCUGCAGGUAUCAUCCUCACAAAAUGGGGCCGCUAUCAACCUAUCCACGCCGUUGGUAUGGGGUUGACCUUAUUGGGCCUAGGCCUCUUCACGCUGUUCGAUGCCAACUCAAGUGAUGCAGAGUGGAUUACUUAUCAGAUUAUCACUGCCAUUGGACUAGGCCUUCUGCUCACAACUACACUGACCGCGGUGCAGGUUAGUUUAGCAGAAAAAGAUGUUGGAUUGGCUACAGCAACCUGGGCAUUCGUUCGCAGUUACGGUGCGAUAUGGGGUAUUUCGAUACCAAGUGCGAUAUUCAACACCCAGUUUGGAAAUCUGUCAAGUCGUAUCUCAGACCCCGCUGUUGCUGCGCAGCUUGCUGGCGGGGAGGCUUAUUCUCAUGUCUCGGCAACCUUCAUCAAAUCUUUGGACUCGCAAGUUCGAGAUGAGGUAGUCAGCGUAUACUCUGAUACUCUUAAGUUGGUAUGGCAAAUUUCACUUGCCUUUGCUGCUGUCGGGUUUGUCAUUGUUUGGGUUGAAAAACAGAUCAAGCUUCGUACCGAGUUGGAGACGGAGUAUGGAAUCAAGGAUGCGAAGGAGAACAAUAAGGAGGCUAUCCAAGUGUAG